AUGAACAUUUCUUCGGGAGAUCCUGAAACAUUCCUCUCGAAAAUCUGUCAAACCGUUCACGGAAGUUCGACGUACGUCGAGACACCGUCGCUCCUCGAAAACUUUGAAAUGCCGGCCAACAAAGUGCUCUUUGCCAUCUGUAUUUCCAUCAUUCUUCUCAUGAUCCUCGCCUACAUCUCGUUCGUCGUCCUCUUCUUCUGGUGCUGUGUUCCACGCACAAUCUCGCGUCACAUGAUGAUCGCCGCACGAGUCGGGCUCAUCGUUUGCACUGUCGGAUUCGAGAUCUUCCUCGGAUUGUGCAUGUUCACAAAACCUCAGGUGAAAUUUGUCAAAUUUCAUUAAAACUAGACACGGAACCCCAGCACACAGUCUCCAGAGCUGACAAUAUGGGCGUGGCCUCGGCGGCCAAAUGGCGUUUUCAUGAAUUGAGCAGGUUUUCUCUGAUUUUUGUGGUCAAAGGCGAUGAAAAAUGAUUGUUCGACAUGAAAACACACUAAUUCUCAGAAUUAAUGACGUUUUGGCGCAUUUUUCGCGGACUUUGCUUUUUCGUCUUCGCCGCCGAUCGCCGCCUAAAAACCGCACUUCUCAUUUUGCGCUUUCUUGGCCGUUUUCAGACAGAAUUGGGUUUGAGAACAAUAAAUCACGUAAAUAUAAGCAUUUUGAGCGCUCGAACCGCGAAAACUACCAAAAAGCAACUGAAAUUCACGCAGUUUUAGCCAAAAACCUUCAAACGGAUCAAUGUGAUUUGCGAAUUGACCAAAUUUAACGCUCUUGCGCUUAAAAAAAUUGUAAUAGCCUAUACAAUUGGUCUAUCGAGAGACAAAUGAAAAAUUAUCGGUUUUUCGUGGCAAAUCUGCCAAAAAACACAAAUUUUGCUGUUAAAAUUUGAAUUUCGCGCCAAUGUAUCGCUCUACUGGGCGGGGCGCACUUGCGCUCAUUGUCAGCUCUGGAGACCGUGGCAGCAUUCCAAUGCGCAAGCGAGUUGUCAAUGGGGCGCGCUUGCAUCCACUCGGAGUUUCUUUUUUCAAUUGAAAACUAGAAUUCUUUGGUUUUUCUCUUAAUAAGCACUCAAAUUUUGUUCUUUCCGAACCGUAGGGGCGAUUUUCUGAGUUAAAAGCAUAAAAAAAAUGCGCAGCGCGCAUUUAAGCGCGAAACGGAGCAGAUUCGUUCAGAAUUGACCAAAUUGAGGGAUUUUGUCGAAAACUACUGAAAAAAAAACAGAGUUUUAACAAUUAUUUGCCGAAUCGAGUUCGGACACUGGCAUUCGAACCGUCCAGUCAACAAGGAGUUUAUUGCGCAUCUUUUAAGCGCUCAACUGUCGAAAAAUAUACAGAAUUGAGAUAAUUGAGGCAAAUUUUUUUUAGAUAAUUGAGGCAAAUUUGGAAAAAAUUCCGUAAUUUUCACAUAAAACGUUUCGAAAUUGAUGACAAAGCAGUUAACAUUUCAUAUUUUAUUCAUUUCUAAUCAUUAUCAUAAGUUUUGACACUGAUUGCUUCUGAAAAGAUGGGGAUAAUGCAAAAAAAAGGGAAAAUUGAAAUGAGAAACUCUACAACGACGCUCCGGAAUUACGCGUUACGCGCCUUGUUUAGCGCACGUGAAUUGCGCCAAGGGAAUUUUUUAUUGGGAAGGCUGGGGUUCCGUGCUAGAUUGUUAACCGUGAUCAGCUCAAACUUCUACAUGAAAUAACACUAAUCAUCUCGAUAGAAACGUCAGAAUUUGCCGCUCUGUACAAAAAGCGUACUUUUCCAGACUCUCGCGGCGAUGAUCGUCAUGUUCAACUGUCACGUGCUCGUCUGGUGCCUCGUCAUCUAUUAUCGUUCCAAACUGAAAGUGCCCGGCCCGCAACCUCAUAAUUUCCUCCAGAAUCUCCUCUUUUUCACCGCCUCUGUCCUCCUUCUCACGCUCGCCACCCACAGUUUCCCCGACGCCCUCCCCGAAAAGUGUGAUUCUGACUUCCUCGUCAACUUUUUCGCUUUCGUCGCUUACCUCAACAUGACCUUCUGUUUGUGCCGCCGUCUUCGUCGUUUUGUGCGUUCCGAGCAACUUUUGAUUGUCGUCGACGCCAAAAUCACUGGCGAAUGGACGAGAAAUGAGGGUGGACAGUGGGCGCGGGUCAUUUAUGAAGAGCCAAAGCCGGUGGAGAAGCCCAUUCAACACAAGGUCUAUCCGGUUUCCCACGAGACCCAAGCCCUUUUUGCCUGA